AUGGACCCUCUAAGCACUACCGCCAGCGUCAUCGCUGUUCUCCAGCUGACUUCCAAGAUAGUCCAGUACCUCAACUCAGCCUCAGGUGCCACCAAAGAACGAAAAGCGCUCCGUGAUGAGUUACGGGCAUGUGAGCGCGUCCUGGAACAGCUCAAAGAUAGGUGCGACGAAGAAGACUGCGACACUGAAUGGAACAACACGAUUAAGGUGCUUGAGGGCCCGGAUGGCCCGCUAGGCCGCCUUUCGAUUAUGCUUCGAAGAAUGGAAGACAGGCUUCAGAGAAGAGAUGGCCCAGCGGAGAGAUUAAUAGCGGCAGUGAAAUGGCCAUUUAUCCAGAAAGAGGUCAACGAGAUAUUUGCAGCGAUGGACCGGGAAAAAUCGCUUCUGACGCUGGCUCUCAACGGUAUCUCAGGGAAGCUGGUUCAGGAAAUAAGGCGCACUGUCAUUCAGAACCGCGAGGGUCUCAAGAUUCUGGUCAAUACGCUGAACGUUCACUCGAACCAAUCUCAUGCUCAAUUGGCGGAACUACAGGAGGGAGUUGAUCGAAUUCAAGCGUCGCAGUCAAGUGUACAAGAGAAUCUGACUCGGUUCCAGCAGUCUCAAGAGGAAAAGGAGCUCAAUAAAGAGCGGAGCGCUAUUCUAGAAUGGCUGCCGACACUCGCAUAUUCAACUCAGCAUCGAGAUAUCAUAGAUCAGAGACAACCUGGGACGGGACAGUGGAUUUUCGAAUCUCCGGAAUUUAAGACGUGGCUGGAGGUUCAAGGCCAGACUCUGUUCUGCCCUGGCAUCCCCGGUGCAGGGAAGACAGUUAUGGCUGCUUCCGUGAUUGAGCAUCUCAUAUCACUGGCUUCAAAUGAUGGUGAGAUAGGUGUCGCUUACUUAUAUUUCAGCUACCAGAGGCAGGACGAACACAAGUUGAACAACAUUUUUGGGUGUCUUUUGAACCAGCUGAGCGCCAGUCGACCUACGCCUCCAGAAUCCCUCCGACGUCUUUACAAGAAGCAUUUCAAACAGAAAACACAGCCGUGCCUCGCGGAAAUUUUGAAUACUCUGUAUUCUGUUUCAGCUGAAUAUUGCCGCGUGUUUGUCGUUAUUGACGCAGUUGAUGAGUACCAAAUAUCGAGUGGACAGCAACGGCAGUUCGUUGAAAAAAUUAUCGAGUACCAGAAGAAGUCCAUUAUCAACCUGUUCGUGACCUCGCGAUUCAUACCGGAGAUUGCACAGUUUUUUGAACGGGGCACGUCGUUAGAGAUUCGGGCGACUGAAAGCGACAUACAAACGUACCUUGAGAAUCAAAUGUGGCAGCUCCCAGCAUUCGUGCAGAAAAAUCCAGAUUUGCAGAAGGAUAUCAUUACUGAAAUCUCUAGAGCUGUCCGAGGAAUGUUUCUGCUCGCACAUCUCCAUCUUCAAUCGUUGAGAGGCAAGAAGUCUCCCAAGGCUGUCCGAAACGCCCUUGAGAAGCUCCCAACUGGAAGUGGUGCAUAUGGUAUUUCCUACGGCGAAGCCAUGCAGCGAAUAGACUGCCAGAACGACGACCAAAGGGAACUUGCUAAGGAGGUUCUCCAGUGGGUAACUCUGGCGACUAGACCAUUGACAACUUCUGAAAUCCAGCAUGCAAUUGCGAUCGAGAUAGGCGAAGCAAGUUUCGACCUUGAUAACAUAACAGAGAUCCAUGAUAUGCUCUCCGUGUGCGCAGGGCUGGUAACAGUAGACGAGGGGGGUGAUAUCAUAAGAUUAGUCCAUUACACGGCCCAGGAGUACUUCAACAGGACGUCUGAGAAAUGGUUCCAUAACGCGCAAGAGAGGAUUCUCAAGGCUUGUAUCACAUGCCUUUGUUACAAAAACGUCGAAUGCCCUCCAUUAUACCUUGGCAGCGGGGUCCUUGACCUAGGUCGCACGUUCUAUAUCUACGCGGCGAGAUACUGGGGCAUCCAUGCACGGCAUUUGAAAACGCCACAUCAAUCUGUGCUGCACUUUCUGAGACAGACGGAAAAGGUCAAGGCAUCAUAUAUGGCCCUUUUCUUGCCCGACUUAUCGCUGAUGGAAACAAAUCGAGAGAUCCUCCUGCAACUUCAACGGCCCGUAACUGGUCUCCAUUUGGCGGUCCGCUUCAAGUUGACGUCCACUAUCAAAAUCUUGCUGGAAGAAAGUGGCCCAAACUUGGACACAAAUUCGACGUUCGCGCUUGAUCCUGAUGCCCGAGAUUGGUAUUCACAGACACCGUUGAUAUGGGCUGCCCAAGCCGGACAAGAAGAAAUCGUCAAGAUGUUGCUCUCAAAUCCUAAUGUGAAUCCAAACUCUAGAGACAGGAUCAAUCAGACGGCAUUGUUAGUCGCCGCAAAAGGUGGAUUUCCUGGAGUUGUCAAGCUUAUACUAUCGACGAAAGGUAUUGAGCCUGACGUGAAAGAUGUUGACGACCAAACGCCGUUGUCAUGGGCAGCGGCAGGCGGAGAACAUGAAGUUGUCAGGCUUUUGGUUUCCACUCCGGGCGUGGAUGUCGAAUCAAGAGAUUGGUCGAAUGGAACUCCUCUGAUGGUGGCUGCCUUUGCUAAUCAUGUUAAGACAAUGGAGAUACUGCUUUCCCUGCCAAACGUCGAUCCCAACUCAAGGGACAAUAAUGAUCGAACACCGUUAGCUUGGGCUGCAUACAACGGAAUGAGAGCCGCCGUGGAACUACUUCUGGCAACGCCGGGCGUGGAACUUUCCCCCCAGGACAAGGCAGGCCAAACUCCGGUACUAUUAGCGGCAAGGAAUGGUCAUCGAGAGAUUGUCGAGGUGUUGAUGGCCGCAAUCCAAUGUCAAAAGUCGAUCGAAACCGAUUUUAGAGUUUAG